AUGGACGCCGAGGGAAGCUGGCGUAGGGUUAGGCCGGGAUCAUCACGGAGAGAUGAAGGCGUGUCGGGCAAGGUAACGAAGACCAAGGGCCGCCGCAAUAAGCUGUCGUUCGUGUGCCAGUCGUGUCGCAGGUCCAAGACCAAGUGCGACAAGGUCAAGCCAUCAUGCACGCGAUGUGUGAAAAACGGAUCUGUGUGCGUGUAUGACGUGGAGACACAAACGAAGCCCAAGUCGCGCAGCAAGGAUUCGCGUAUCCAGCAGUUGCAGCGUGAGAUCGAGUAUUGGAAAUCCAAGGCGCGGGGGCACACACUGCAUGGUCGGACGGCAGACGCGGGGGGUACAGACCCGGUGAUAGACUUCCAUCAUGCGUUUCCGAUGAUGAUAGUGGAGGGGCAAUGCAAGCACGAGAUUCGGCCUUCUUCGGCGCUGUCCUACAUGGGCAAGGAUGUAUAUCUGUUCCUCUUCUGGUCGUCGGCGUCCCCGCAGAUCGGCGCUGAAGCCACGCGGGCGCGCAUCGAGCGUGCCGCGCGCGCGUCGCAGACUCCCAACGCAGCCAAGUUCUUAGCUCGCCUACUCCAUAGCAAGACGCGUACCUCGUCGCGGUACACUGUGGGCCAGUUCCGCGCCAUAUGCAUGAAGUACAACUUCUUCGAGGACACGUGCCGCUCUGAGACAGAGUACUCGGAGCUGCUGCUGUCGGUCAAACAGCAGUUUGAAGCACAACUUCCAGUUUUUCCAGUAAUCCGCGCAUAUCUACGUUAUUUCUACCGCGAGGUGUACCCGGUUGUGCCGUUUAUGGACAUCUCUCUGUUCGAAGAGGUUUUGCGCGAAUUGAUCCUGCCUGAUAUAAGCGAUGAGUCUCGGGUCCAGGUGAAUUUCGGUGUAUCGGACAUACGAAAAAAGGUGGUCCAUCUCUGCCUAGUGGCAUGUAUACUCGGCAUAACACGCGCAUCGAUAGAAUUGGCAAGUGCGGGAGGCAAUAAUCCUACUGAUCCAAUUUUAGUAUCACACCUUCGCAGACAAACAAGUAACCAGAUCUUUGGUCUAGUUGGCUAUGUGCUUCGCCUGCUAAAUCUCAUUCACUGGGUUGAUGAGUACACGACCCUCACGCACCUGUACGUGUAUACAUACUCUCUGGUGACGCCCGAGCUAACGGCGACAGAAGUGACGGAUCCAGUGGACUCCAGCCCGCUGCUUAUAUGUUGGUUCGCCAAUGUCCUAGGGAUCUCGAAGUACCCGGACGACAGCGAGCUCCUAAGAUUGAAAGAUUCAAGGAUACUGAGCCUGCGCCGCAAACUCUGGUUAGGCAUCUCACUGCUGUGCAAUUAUGAGCAACGGAUCCAGGAGAAACGCGUGCAGUAUACGCCGUUCGAUGUGGGUUCUCUUGUCUUCUCCGAAACUGAGUUCCCGCAAUCUCGCGAUGCAGCUAUCUGGACUAGUCUCCAACGAGCUUAUUCUAAUGAUCCGCUUGAAUACAAUAUCCAGCUGACGCUAUAUCAGAAGUACAAGGACUAUCUUGUCGGCUCUGUCCUUAACCUGGCUUACACUAAACCCAGUGAAGUGCAUGUGCGGUUGUCGGAUAUUACUCAAGCACUGGACGAAACACGACAGAUGGCGCAUGAAAUUCUCAUGCUUGCAAAGCCUACUCAGCAGUUACAUUAUGUGCUGGAGGGCCUGACGGAUAUAAAUGUGGAUUUCACCAAAUCUUAUAAUUCGCACAAAUAUCAGGCCCGCAUUUUGCUUCUUGUGACGUGUGUGCUCACAACGUCGACGCUUUACUUAUAUUUUGAGAACCAAUUGAUGCAUACUCGGGACGAAGAUGCUGCCCGACACUAUACUGUCUUUUUUAAGGAUGCCAUUCGCGACGUGCUGGAAACGACCUUUUUUUUAUCGGAGUACUUGGAAGGCAAAGUGAACAUCCUCGGCGGAAGCCACUUUCUCAUCUGCCAUAUUGUGGAGAACGCGAUGAUUCGCUGCUUCCAGGUGCUUUUUGGCGUGAUUCUGCGUCUAUACCAUGCCGAGGAGGUAUUGCAUAAGCAGCUUGCCGCAGCCUUCAACGCAUUGGGAGAUCUGGAAGAUCGCCUAUCCAUGAUUCGUCGUCUGAAAACCCUUACAAAGCAGACGCUCACCGUUUUCCAUGAGCUCGUCUCAAAGCGCCUCCGCUGGACCCUUUUCUCUUGCUUAAAACGUCUAAUCACUUUCGAUCUCGCGCUGGACAUGAUGAAGGAGGAGAAAGUGAUGGAGCUUGUUCAUGCUCCAAACAUUGAAAGGCUCACGCAUUGGGGUCUUGAUUCUGACCUUGAGACGAUGGAGGGUAUCAAUGUCGUUAUCAAGGCUGAUCAGAGGUACCUCUCCGAGCUGCACCAAAUCUUUGUCGACCUGCGAGUGCAGGACUUCAUAUCUGCACAUGGCUCAACCGCCUAA